AUGAUCCAGGGAACUGCAUCCCAUGUUGGAAAGAGUGUUCUGGUGUCGGCGCUUUGUCGGAUUUUCCGCCAGGACGGGUUUCGCGUCGCGCCAUUCAAAGCUCAGAAUAUGUCCAAUAAUUCCUAUGUCACCCGGGACGGCGGGGAAAUUGGACGGGCCCAGGCAGUGCAGGCCGAAGCUGCCGGAGUUGAAGCGCGGGUGGAGAUGAAUCCCGUCCUGCUUAAGCCCGAAGCCGACCACAUUGCCCAGGUGGUGCGCAUGGGCCGACCAAUGGUUUCCGCCAGGGUUCGGGACUACUUCGCCCUUAAAGCCCAACUCUGGGAAUCGGUGCAUACUUCCCUGGACGCACUUCGCGCCGAGUACGACAUCGUGGUUAUCGAGGGCGCUGGCAGUCCGGCGGAGAUUAAUCUCAAGGCCACCGAAAUCGUUAAUAUGCGGGUCGCUUUAUACGCCGGGGCGCCGGUGCUGCUUUGCGGCGACAUCGAUCGGGGAGGGGUUUUCGCUGCCCUGGUAGGAACCCUGGCACUCCUGGAGCCGGAAGAAAGGGAAGUAAUCAAGGCGUUCAUCAUCAACAAGUUUCGCGGUGACGCCAGCCUACUCACCGAUGGGCUGACAAUGCUGGAAGAACGGACUGGGAUCCCCGUCGCAGGCGUGGUGCACCACUACCGGGACAUCCACAUUCCCGAAGAGGACUCGGUGGCGUUGGAUAUUCCCGUUCGUUCAAACGCCUCAGGCAACGAUCCCGCAUUGGACAUCGCAGUAGUCCAAUUGCCCCACAUAUCUAAUUUCGACGAUUUCGACCCGCUGGCCCGCGAACCUGGAGUAAGAUUGCGGUAUGUGACCAGCGCCGCAGAAUUUGGUCGCCCCGACCUCGUUAUCCUGCCCGGCAGCAAGACCACAAUCCCAGACCUGGCCUGGCUGGAAGCUCAAGGGUUAUCCGGUGAGAUUCAUCGCAGGCAUCAGGAGGGGGCAUCAAUCAUAGGUAUUUGCGGCGGAUACCAAAUGCUGGGGACUCACCUGUACGAUCCGGAAGGCAUAGAGUCGGCGGUCCCUGAAAUGGAUGGUCUGGGCCUGCUGCCUCUAACAACGGUCUUCGCCGGUUCCAAAGAAACUCACCGGAUCCGCGGCGAAGUAUCUGAGGGCACCGGACUGCUGAAUGGCGCCACCGGAGCGCCGCUUACCGGAUAUGAAAUCCACAUGGGCAGGACCUCUGGAGAAGAGCUUACGGCACCCUUCCGAAUUGAAGACCGAAGCGAUGUACCGGUAACAUCAGCCACUACCCAUGAUGGUGCAAUGGAUGCAGAGGGUCGUGUUCUCGGCACCUACAUUCAUGGCCUUUUUCACAACGGCGCUAUCCGCCGGGCCAUGCUGGUGGAACUUGCCCGUCGCAAGGGGGUCAAUCUUCCCGACGCACCGCAACUGGGGGCGAUGGACGGCGAGUUUGACAAGCUGGCCGACUGGGUGAGGGGCAGCCUGGAUAUGGACCUUAUUUACGCCGUAACCGGCCUGGACCGAAACUUUGACCGGGCCGGUAUCUAG